CUCUUACCCUUAUAAAACCCUACAUCGCAUAUGCAUAAAUGAUAAACCCUCUCUCAUUUAAUUAAAAAGAAAGAAAUUAAAAACUCUCUCGCGAAACUUUCCCCAACAAACCACCACGCGCCGAGAUCUACAUCCCGCAAAAGGAUCGCCAAUGAGAAGGGCCUCUUCGUUCACCUCCACCAUUCUCUCCAGGACCCUCGCCACCGUCCACGACGGAGGAGUGGUCAACCUCCACCCUCGUUUCUUGCGGGUAGCGCUCUUUUACAGCAGCGGAACCAACAAUUCCUACAAACGCCGUUGUUGGUUCUCUACAGUCCUCAGUUCCUUUUCUAAAAGCUCGGCUCAAGCUGUCUCUCUGGGCCUUGCUGGCGCUUUUGCUUCCGUUGUGACCGCUGCUUCUGUCUACGCCAAGGAGCCGACACCAGCCGAGCUCAUGCCAAAAGACGUUGUUCUUUAUCAAUAUGAGGCCUGUCCAUUCUGCAAUAAAGUUAAAGCGUUCUUGGACUACUAUGAUAUACCGUAUAAGGUCUUGGAAGUCAAUCCCAUUAGUAAGAAAGAGAUCAAGUGGUCUGAUUACAAGAAGGUGCCUAUACUGAUGGUUGAUGGUCAACAGCUGGUGGACUCAUCAGCUAUAAUUGACAAAUUGGUUGAAAAGAUCCUUCCCAAGAAAACGAUUAAUUCAGUUGCUGAUGAAGAUGAAGAAACAAAAUGGCGUAGGUGGGUUGAUAACCACUUGGUGCAUGUCUUAUCCCCAAACAUAUACCGCAACACUUCUGAGGCUCUUGAGUCUUUUGACUACAUCACUAGCAAUGGCAACUUCAGCUUCACCGAGAAGAUAACAGUGAAAUAUGCUGGAGCUGCAGCUAUGUAUUUUGUGUCCAAGAAUCUAAAGAAGAAAUAUAACAUCACUGAUGAACGUGCUGCCUUGUAUGAAGCAGCAGAAACAUGGGUGGAUGCUCUAAAUGGUCGAAAUUUUCUUGGUGGAUCUAAGCCUAAUCUUGCUGACCUUGCUGUCUUUGGGGUGCUAAGACCCAUACGUUACCUGAGGUCUGGUAGAGAUAUGGUGGAACACACUAGAAUUGGAGAGUGGUACUCUAGAAUGGAGAAAGUGGUUGGAGAAUCAUCAAGGAUCAAGGCUUAAGACCAUGCUUUCUCCAACGUUUGCAUCAUGAUAUAUCUGUUGCCAACUCUUUAUAUAUAUAUAUAUAUAUAUAUAUAUAUAUAUAUAUAUUCAAAAGAAACAAAAUAGAGUUUCUGAAAAACAAAUUUUGCCAUCUGGUAAUGAAUGAUUGCAGGUUUAUGAGUAAUUCUGCUAUUGUAAUUCUUUGAAUGUUGAAAUUGCAAUAAUUUCUGUAGUUAGAUUUUGUAAGCAAUUCUAAGGAAUGAAGAUGCAUACUUCACAUAUGGAUUGAAGUAUUUCACCACGAUUUAUGCCUUAUAAUGGGCUUAUAAUUAAUUCGUUAAGUCUUGUCUGCUUCAUUGUGUCUUGAAGGCUUUAGCUAUUUCAUAUAUCAGUUCAGAAAUAAUAUAUCCUGGUCUUGUUUUACCUUUUAGCAAUUUCUUGGUAUUUUGCCUCCCUGAAUUAGUUUUGUUUUGUAAGCUUUGCAUUGUGUGGUAGGGAAGACAGAAAAGUAGAAAGAGAAAGGUGAGAAGAGUGAAAACAUUUUGUUUCCCAAUCCCCUAAUAUGGUUGGUAGAAGAAAAGAAAAGCCAAAUAUUUUAUCCUUA